AUGUUAGCUCGAAUAACAACAAAAGGUAAAUCGCGUAUCGGCGCUCAACGACGCGUCAGAGUACUCGCUUUUUAUCGUCGUGUAGGUUUGUUUUAUAUUUUAUUAUCGAAAUGUGUACUGUACGUUGUUCAAUAGGCGAAAUAUAUGUGUGUGUGUGUGUGUGUGUGUGUGUGUGUGUGUGUGCGUGUGCGUGCGUGUGCGUGCGUGUGCGUGCGUGUGCGUGCGUGUAUUUGUGUGUAUACAAAUGUACAAUUGUACAAUUAUACAAACAUAACACGACGGACGUUACGCGUUUUGUUUGUCAACGGAAUUAAAUUGGACACAUUCGAAACGUAUCCGCGCAACGAAACGAGAGAGAGAGAGAGAGAGAGAGAGACAGAAAGCCCGUCAAAGCGAACGAAAAGUCUUGUUUCAAACGCAUUACCGUGUGUGCGGGUGUGUAUAAAUAAAGUUACACCACGGCCGGUCACGAUAAAUAAAACGUGUUGUUUUUAGCCCGUCGCCGUCACCGCUCCGGGGAAUAUAUACCGCGGGAUGCACUCUACCCGAAAAAGACCUCGCCCGGAAAACGUUCCGUUCUAUCCCACGCGGAAAACCUACGCGAAAACCUAUCGAUACGAACGCCACACGGAACCAAUAACAAUCGGCGGCCUAAUUACCGGGGAGUUCCGCCGGACGGUUUUAGCACGUCCGAUAAGACUCGAAAACACACAGUGAUCAAACGUUUCUUCCGUUUUUGGGAAAAACGCGAGACCGUCGCUCAUGCGUCUUACGGGCGGGCAUCAAAACGUGUCGCGGGGCGGUUUAUUCAUUCGUGUCGACAAGUAAUUAUUGUAAAUUACUGUUUGCGACACGAAAAGUACGGGCCGUGAUUUUGCGUUCGCGUUCGGCGUCGAAACGUUUGAAUUCGGUGACGAAACGUCACGCCGUUGGUUUUUCACCCCGCGAAAUAACGCGCCGCCGUAGGGAAACCAUCAUGUCCUCAGUGUCCCGCGCACAUCCUUUCACGACGGACAUUUGUUACAUUGUUAUAGCAAUUGUCGCUGCUCGGGCGGCAUUUUUUUCGUCACGCGAAUAUCGUUUUAUCCGCCCCCCCCCCGAUUACGAGACGCGUAAUUGUCAAAAAUCCCGUGACGUUUAACGGCAACCGAUCGGAACAGUUUGGUCCGUAUAAUGUGUUACACUACGAUUCAAUGCUUAUCGAAAAAACACAAUUCAUAAUAACAUUACGUGUAUUUCGUGUAUUAAUGUAAAAAAAUAUGUUAUUCCGUAAUUUAUGGUCAUGUUCUGGUGUCGGUCUUGUUCGUCACGUCGGCUUUCCGAAAGAGUCGAACGAAUUCAAACGUGUUUAAAAACAAAACAAAAAAACGGCCGGAAAAUUCGGAUCGACAAUAUUCUAUUCGUCGUUUCUGUAUACCUCGCUAUAUCGUGGAAAAUUCGCCAAAAUCCCACCGUCCGGAUUGCCGGGAUUCUAAAUCAAACGUUUGAAAUUUUCACGUUAGAUCCGUUUAAGCGUUUUCUACAUAGAGUUUAAAAACUAAUCGCAAAUAAUAAAUGUAUUCGAUAUAAAAAAAAAAAUCAAAAUUGAAAAAUAAAUAACGACAAAAAUAUCGUAAUAGAUUCGAUGAAAUCGAAAACUCCGAUUUUGAAAUUUAGAAUUGGAAUUUUCGAAAUCUCCGAUAAUCCGGAUUUUUUCGCGAACAUCACUCGUGCCUAACCAAAUUUAAUUUCUGGUUUCGUUGACAGGUAUCGUUGCUGUGUGCGGACGGCAUUAUGAUCAGCGCCCGGCUCGUCGUAAGCGACGAGAAUUGGUGCAGUGCGUCCCGGCAACGGCUAAUCGCGGCCGCGGCAUGUCGUCAUCGUCAGCGAAGGCGUCGUCGUCGUCGUCGACGGUGGUGGCCGGCGGCAUGAUCGCCGUGCUGCUGUUGUCGACGAGCGCCCUGUACGGCGCGUGGGCCUACUGUCCGGCCGCGUGCGAGUGCAAGUGGCGCGGCGGCAAGGAGUCGGCCAUCUGCUCCGAAGCCAACCUCACGGCCGUUCCCCGGCAAUUAGACUCCGGCACGCAGUUGCUCGACCUGAACGGCAACACGCUGUACCGGCUGGGCAAGGACGCGUUCGCGGACGCCGGCCUGCUCAACCUGCAGAAGCUGUACAUGUCCAGGUGCAAGAUCAAAUCGUUGGACCAGUACGUGUUCCGCAAGCUCAGCAACCUGGUCGAGCUGGACCUGAGCCACAACAACAUACCGACGGUGCCGUCCGUCGCGUUUGAAUCGGUGCCCGAGCUCCGGGAGCUCCGGCUCGACGGCAACCCGAUCAUGAAGGUGCCGAACCGCGCGUUCGAGCACGUUCGCCGGCUGGUCCGGCUGGACGUGUCCAAUUGUAAGGUGGCGCUACUCGAGACCACGGCGUUCUCCGGCCUCGAGAAAUCGCUAGAGUGGCUCCGGUUCGACAACAAUCAGCUGCGCGAAGUCAAAUCGAUAACGAUCACGUCGCUGACGGGACUGCACGGCGUGCAGCUCAACAACAACCCUUGGAACUGUUCGUGCAAGCUCCGGCCGCUUCGCGAGUGGAUGUUAAAAAGGAAUGUGCCGUACGGCGCGCCGCCCGUGUGCAAGGCUCCGGCCCGGUUGGCCGGCACGCCGUGGGACAAGCUCGACCUGGACGACUUUGCGUGCGAACCGCAUUCAGUGCCCGUAGCGCCCGUCGUGGUCGUCACCGAGGGCGACAACGUCACCGUGUCGUGCCGGAUGUUCGGCAUGCCGAUACCGUCGUCGCGGUGGUCGCGAAACGACCGGCCGGUCGGCCAGACCGCCCGGAACGUGCCGGUCACCGAGGGCCGGUACACGAACCUGACCAUAGUGUCGACGGUCGCCCAAGACGGCGGCAGAUACGUGUGCGAGCUGGAGAACCGGUCGGGCAGCUCCCGGGCCAACGUUACCGUAGUGGUGGUCAAGCGAUCGCCGGAACUGGCGCUGACCGCCGACCGGUACGCUUUGCCCGGGCUAAUCGUCGGCGUCAUACUGGUGCUGUCGUUUUGCCUGAUAUUCCUAUGCGGGCUGGCCAUCCGGACCAAGGGCAGUCCGGCCAGGUACGCGAGCAACGGCAUCGGUGCCGAGGUCGGCGCCGGCGGAGUGGCCGAUCCGUUCGACCGGUACGAGAAGAUCGAGAUGAACCACGAGGACAAGACGGCGGACGUGCAGCAACAGCAGCAACAACAGCAGCAGCCGCCGGUGCCGUCGUCCGACAAGAACGGUCGGGUCGAUCCGCCGGAUUACGCGGAUUCGAUGGAGGCCGCUACAGCGUUCGGCGGCCGUCGUCGGCGCGCCGACGAAGAGGACUACGACCGGUUGCCCCCGGCUGAAGAGCCGCCGGCCUCAAAGGCCCCGUCGGCGACGGAUCGGCCGACCGCUCGUCCCAGCCAUCCGACGACUUCCGUCCCACGCAGGUAACACAAAAUCCGUCGGUGCACAGUGCUUUCUAAAAUUUUUACUGCGGUGCUACUGAGAGUCUGUCGUAUAACGGUUUGAUUCCUAUUUGGAUAAUCGUCUCAACUAUAAUAACAAAAAUUGAUGAUGAUUCUUAUUUGUAUAAAAACCGUAAUUCAUAAAAUAUAGGAAAUUAUAACGAGGGGCCAUUCAAACAGAAAGGUCGGACGAGAAAACAAUCGAAAGAUUAAGCAUUGUACAAUAACAACUAUGAAAAUUACCGUAGAUUUCGCACACAUAUUCUGUAUAGUAAUAUUAUAUUUAAAUUGUCCGUGUGGGAGAUUUAUAGAAGUUAGUCGACCGGUCUGUGUUAUACUCGCGGUGGUCGCGUGUAACUAGCGCACAGAAAUCCGGUUAUAAAAAAAAAAAACAAACAAACCGACAUACUCCGCACUAUGGGUGGACUAAUAUUGCGAAUGAGAAGUCGGGAAGGUAUAGGGGAAGCUUAAUGGACGUUCAGAGCCUGGGGGGGGGAUACAAGUUCUCUAGGGCGGAAAGAGUUUUAACAUUUUAAUGGGCGGAAACAAAAAAAUGUGUAGAGGUUUAUGUAUGUUUAAUAGGGGCGCCAAUAAUAGUAAGCACGGCACUGUGUACGUCUGUACGCGGCGGUUAAUCACGGCUAACGAAAAACGAUGCAUGUUUUGAAAGGCCGUAAUUCCCGUUUUUCCCGCGUUUUUUCCCGGUUUUUCUCGUUUAUCGUGAAAACCCUUGGGGGAAAAAUCAAAAUAUGACUAUAGCCCAACUCAGAAUCUAAAACAACGACUAGCCGGGUUUUUUUUCCCCGCGAUAUUCCAGUGUUUAUACGUACGCCGGUGCAUAAAAUACGAAAACUGCGGUUGUAGGUAAAAAUGUCCAGCUCGUGCACUGUAGCUAUAGCUAGAUAACUAUUAACAAAACUGAAGGAUGGAAUCUCUUAGGUUUUUCAAAUUAUUUUCCCAUUCCCACUCAGCUAUUGAUUGAAAAAAAUGCGAUUGGAUCUAGCGGCUGACCGGUGCAAAACAGAUCAAAGGGAAAAUUACGAACCGCCGUCAAAAAAAAUAAUAAAAAAAAUACACGAAAACUUCUUAAAACGCAUAUCAUUAAAUUUAAUUAUCUUAAUUAAACUGUGUGGCAGAGUAGUGCGGCAUACUUUUUUAAUCAAAUUUUAUCAUUGUCAUUUGUAUUGUUUUUGAGACCGAAAUUAAGACGAUUAUAUUACGCCCGCCCAUUAAUAUUAUUAUUACUCAUAAAAACUGCAUUUAGUUUAUUAUUUAUUUUUCUAUAUAAAUGACGAUCGAUUUGUUUACCUCCGGACAUUUUUCCGCCGGACGUUUCGGUAGAACCCCGAAAAGUCGCGGCCGUCCGCAAACCGGCACGGUGGUCACCGCGCUCGAAGUUGUUACAAAAUUAUUAUGCCGCGGACACGCGUCCCGUCGCCGGUGCGGACCGCGUCGACGCGUAUCGGCAACGAUAAAAAAUGUUUCCGUUUUCCGCGGGUUCAUUGCGCUUGACUCAAUAAUUCCGUUAACUUUGCUUCGUGGUUUGCAGCGUGUGUUGCGCGGGUCGGUUUUGACGGGAAAUUUUUAUCGAAAAUCACCGUCCGCGUGAAUUUUACCCGAGUGACGUCUGUGCGUACACGGCGCCGGCGGCGUUCACUCGAACGAAUAUUGAAAUAUUGUAAAUACGCCAGCCCGUAACAGUAACGGUAAUAAUAAUAUGAAUAAAUCCCUCCCUAGGAUAAUGGGGACGGGUGCGCCCACUGCGGUAGGCGGGAAAUCGGCGAGGAUAGGGAAUUCGAACGCGGGUCGUCCGUGGGCAACGAUUAACCGUUGCUAAUGGAAAAAGUAUUCUGAGCGCAGUCAUCGUAUCUGUUUUCCCGGACUUCCCGUGUUUUUUCACGGGUUUUUCAAUUUGUUAGGAAAACUCUUGAGAGAAUCAAAAAAUGAACCCUCCCCUAAAUUAAUAUCCUUUCUUUUAGAUUCUGAGUGAAGCGAGUUGAUGUAUUUUAUUUUUAUUUUUUUUUUUUUUUGUUUUUCUGUAAAUAACUCUUUUACCGGAUAUCUUGUUCCGAUAAAAAACAAGUAUUCAAAGGAAGCUUUUCGGGGUAUUUCGAAUCUACUUGGUGUCGAAUAGAAGUUAGUUUUUUUUUUAAUUUCAACGCAUCUUUUGUGAUAACCGAGAAAGAUCCAGGAAAAAUGUGGGUGAAAAUAAUCCUAAAAUCUGUAUAUUUUCAGAAUAUUUAUGUUGUUCAACUUUUCUAGACGAGGUCGAAUAUUCAAAACAUUCUGGCGAUCAUCGAGCUUUGUUUAUAAGCGUCUGAAUGUCGUGGUUUUAUUAUUAGUGGGUACAUUUUCAGCCGAUUAGAAACACUUGUAAAUAGUACAUGAAUUUUAUCAGUUAAUAAGUUUUACGUGACGACCAAAAAAAAAAAAAUGACUCGCGUAACGUAGUAAUUUUUUAAUUUUUUCGUUAUGAAUUCAAACGUUGACCGUUCUCCAAAAUCUCCAAAUACGUUCAAGUAAAGUACUGCCGGGCUAAAAUUUCGCACCUUAUUGGUAUUGCACAGCGAAUCACAAACGUUAUGUAAAUACAAACGGCUUUUUUUAAAUUUUUUUUAUAAAAAUAAAAAGGGUUUACAUUACGGCGUUAUUUAUGAUAACUUUUUGGAGGCCAGAUAAAUCGCGUAUUUAAAAUAAUAAUAAUAAUCCCUCUGUGUUUUCUACUAAAAAUGUCCGAGUAUACAAAAGUUUCGGUUCAAGAUCAAUUCCAAAGAAAUAAAUUCGUUUCGCACUUGCUAUUGUAUACAUAUAUAUAUAUAUAUAAAUAUAUAUUGUAGUCUGUGACUUUUCCUUAUUUUUAAUCUUAUUCAAAAAAGUUUUCCUUUUCACUGUAUAAAAUAAUAAUAAUAAAAAAACAAGCUUUUGAAGUUCUUUUCGUUUGUUUGUGUUUUAUUUUCCACCCCGAAUAAAGUUUUCAAGUUUUUACGUGUAUACAACUGUAUUAACCUGUCGAGAAUUUCUUUUUUCUCGCUAACUCUAUACGCAUUAACGAUUUAAUCUUGACAUUAUUUUCAAGGUAAGCGCGUUCCCCGUAUUGACAUUUAAUUUAUAUAAAACGCACGCACAGUAAUAUUUUUUAAAUUGGCGUUUCAUUUAUAAAUAAAACGCGUAGGUAUUCGAAACGUUCGUAUACACCUACAUUAGAAUUAACGUCAAGAUUAAAUCGUUAACAUACAAUCGUAUGCAAUUACGCGAAGAGUUUAUAAUAUUCGAAAAAAAACUCUCAUUUUUUUUUUUUUUUUUUCCUAUAUGUAUAUUUUUAUAACGAGAACGUUAUAAAAUAUUAACAAUGAGAAACCCCGCGGCAAUUUAUUCGCGAUCGGAGACGUACGAUAACAAAUACGCACACUUCACCGGGCCGUAUAAUAGGUUAAAAUCGAAGACCGAACAGAAAAAAAAAAAAAAGAAAAAACAGAAAUAAUGCGAAUAAAAUAUUUUAUUAUCGAACGUUAAUUUUCGUGAAUACGUCCGUCCGCGUUGACCGAAGGCCGAUAAAAGCGAUUGGCACGCGUUCGGUUCGUUUUAUAUUUAAUUCGUAGGCAAAAUAUCUCGACGAACGCGGCUUGAAACGAAUAUUAUCGGUAAAAUCGAUAAAAUCUUUACAAUAAAAUAACACUAUUAAGUCUUGUUAGUACCACAUUUAUACUGUUUUAUUCGGAACGCGUACCAGAAUCAUUAUUUAUUUGAUUUUUUUCAGUCGGUUUUUUUAAAAGUGGGGCGGGAGAUGUAUUGAUCUCGCAAUGAUGUCAUUUUCUGUUUUUUUUUUUAUUUUUUUUUAUCGAUCAACAUUUUCUCCACCAAAAAUCUCGCUCCGAUUUACAAGUGUAGCAUUUAUUCCGAAAGAAAAUCUGACCCCGGGGUGAUACUUUAAAGAUGUCAUUUUUUUGGUUUUCUCAUGAGGAUAAGCGAGAAUACAUACGAAAUGAACGUAUUAGUAAAGAAAUAUAACGGACAUUUUUUUCCUCGUGAAUAACUUUUCCACCAGCAGUUUUCCUUCGAAUUUAACGAUAGCAUUUUUUCUAAAAGAAAAUCUGACUUUCCCCCGGAGGAGAUUUCUCAGUAAAUGUAAAAAACCGGGAAAAAACGUAGGAAUAAUGGGAAAAUAGGUACAGUAUUAUUAAAGAAACUGUUGAAUGAAUGUGUAAUUAUUUUACCAUAAUAUAUUAAAGCAACAUUAUCUAUCUUUGUAUCUUACCUUUCUAAACUUUAACCUAAAAUGGUGGCUGCACUCAUCCCCAUUAUUCUAGGACAGCUUUUUUUUUUCUUAUAGAAUGAAAUAUCAUUUUUUAUUUUUUUUUUUUUUUUGAUAAAACAAAAUAAUUAUCACAAUAAAAACGUUUAGAUAAAUUAUACGUUUAGAUAUCAUUUACUACACUGCCACUUUCAAAUAUACCUAGUAUGCAUUUUAAACUCUGCGCCAAUAGAUUCGUGAUAAUUUUACAUCGAUUUUUCAAAUUAUCAUAAUGUGAAAAGAACGGAAAAUUCUCUCAUUGAAAAAUCUUGCUUGAAUUUAGUUUUUAUUUUAGGUUAACGUUAUAAAAUUAAACAUAAUAUACAGUCGCCUGUUUAAAUCAUUUUAGUUUCUGACUGAAGCGAGGAAUAUAUUGGUUUUACAAUAAGCAAAAAUUCUAUCAGAAAUCUUGCUCCGAAAUAUCUAGUGUAGCACUUAUUCUGAAAGAAAAUCUUACUGGGGUGGUACUUAAGGAAGGCAACUUUUUAAUUUAUCGUGUGGUUUUCGUAAUAAAUGAAAAACCCUGGGAAGAAACGUAGAAAAAACGGGAAAAUGUAAGAAAUGCAAUAUUUUCAAAUCGUAAAUAUUACGAUCUUUUAAAUAUAUAUAACUUAACACUGUUUAGAAUUUUUUUACGUUGCGUACAUUAAAUUCCCUUCUUUACUCUACUUUCCCAACUGCUCAUCUACAACAGUAGCCCAUUCAUCGAGCGAAGUUUAUCUGUAUCUUUUUUUUAUUGUUAUUGUAAUACACAAUAAAACGUUAUCGGAAUAUGUAUUUGAAUAUAAUUUUUUUUAAGUAUCUACAACAGUAACGUAAAACAAAAAUAUUAUUAAUAUUUUUAUUGGAAUACGUUAAUAAUCUGCAUAUUUGUAAAUUUCUAGAAUACGUAUGUAAUCAUAAUUAAUCCUUUAGAAUUAGUUUUAAGUUUUAAAUCAGAAACUUCCGUAUCAACGCUAUUGUAAUCAUUAAUCACACGAUAUCAACUUUUGAUUUUUAAACAGCGAGCCGCAUGUUUAAACUACUAUUCCAAAAUAAAAAACAUGUUUCCAAAAUUGUGCAUACCCUAACAUUAAAAACCGAUUGAAUUUAUCGUAUGCGAAUUACUUGGUUAAAAUGUCGUUUAGAAAGCAGACCUGAAUGACUACGAAAGAGUUUGGUGUUUUUAAACAUAGUAUACAUAUGCGAUUUAUAACAAAAUUUAAUUAACUUUGGAAAAAAAAAUCGUUAAUCACUGGUUCCUGAUAAAAAGAAACGCUCUGUAUAAUGUAUUUAAACCAUAAUUAUUGAAAACUAUACACGUGCAUGUCUCGGUCUAUACGUAAAUCUAAUAUAUGAAUUACACUAUAAGUAUAGAACAAUUAGUUAUAUAGGUAUAUAUAUACAUAUAUUUAUAUUUUUUUUCUUUAAUCUUAGCCUCACCGUAAAAAAUUUAAUGAUAUUACACAAUAUUUAUCAUUUUUUUUUUACUGUCAUUCGUAAUAAUAAUUCCUCUAAUUUUUCAUAAAUGCGUAUAACGAUUUUUGUUCCGACAUUCUUUUGUGUUCAUUUCAAUUUCCAUGAGGUCUCUUUUUUUUUUUUAUAUAUAUAUGUAUAUAUCAUUAAAUGCAAACAAAAUUAAUUAUAUAUUAUUUUUGUUUGUAACAUUAAAUUACAAUUGAAUUGUAUGAUAUCAACUACAUGAUAUUCAGCGAAACAAAAUUGAAAUACAAUUUUAAAACUUUUUCAUAUUAAAAUACUCACACGAAUCUACACUUGAAUGUACUUCGCUUGUAUAACUGUAGGUACAAGUACUCUUAAUCAUUGUUGACGAAAUACGAUUCUGAGCGAUGUUCGGUUAAACAUUACACUAAGCACACGGCUAUUGAGUAUGACUUAUAAUGAACCUUUCUUUUAACAUUUUAAGCAUUUCUGUGGAUUCAAACAAUUUUAUCUCCAUAUAUAACCAGAAAAAAAUACAAUUAUGUCAAGUGCCCAAAAAACUAAAUCGUAGAAAAUUUAAGUUGUUUCCGUAAACUUCCUCGAUUCUUCUAUAUUUUGUUCACGAUAUUCCUUAUUUAUUCAGAAAACUACGAAAAAUAAAAAUAUCACGUCCUCUACGCACUAACUAGACAAACCGAAAUCCAACAAUCAAGUUCUUCCGUCAUUAUUUGAUCGGAACAUGAUUUUUGUUAGAAAAUUUGUUCACAGAGACAAAAUAUAUUAAAAUUAAAAAAUGUACACAUCAUGAUAAAACCAACACAUUUUCUGCUACACUUAAACUUUAAAAUAUUUGAUAAACAUUAGUCAUUAGAUACAAAAUAUUUAUAGCUAUCAAUAAAUAUAUUUUCAUAUUUUUUUUUUUAUUUUCAUAACGAACGAAAUUAAUAAUCGUAUGACGAUGUGUUUGUUUUUUUUUUUUUUUAUUAUGGUUAACACUUUUUAGUUUUUUAGCUGUAAAUAUAUUCAAAAAGUUUUGUACAGUAACUUUUUAAAUAUAUUUAAUAAUGCAAUGAAGAACGAUAAUGGUUCUCAUAGAAUGAUCAAUUUUAAAAUUUCCUUAUUCACUGUCACGAAAACUGAAAAAAAUAUAAAAACGAAAAAAUACGAAAACUUUUAUUCCUAGAUACAUACACUCAAAACUGUUUUUCAAAUGGAAUACUAAUGAACCACUCUCUAUCCUAUAUCAAGUUGGUCAAAUCGAAAGAAGUGACAGCAUGUUUGUAAUUUCGAUAUCUUAGAGUAGUUUAAAUCGGAAAAAAAAAUGUUGAAAUUAAAUAUUUGUUUUGUAUUUCAACGUGCACUUAUUUUUUUAUAAUUUAUACAAUAUGUUAACUCACUUCAUACCUAGGAAUAAAACUGUAAGAAGCGAAUUUUUAUAUUAUAAUCGUUAAUUCUUGUUUCGGGUUAAACGUUAUGGUUCCAUUCCUUAAUAAGGUCGAUAACUUUUAGAAUACAAAAAACACAUUAUUCCCUAGUUUAUAAUGACACGCACGUCUCAGGUUCAACAUAAAUAGAUAGCGUGUUUUAUUAUUUGUUCAGUAUUACUUAAUUUUAGAACCCUCUGUUAAAAUAUUCACAAAAUUGUCAUAACAUUUUUUUUUAUUAGAUACGAACAAAAUACUUUUGGCAGUCACAUUAUCGUUGUAGUUUAAGUACUGGUAUGAACGAUAUUGUUCAAAAUAGUUUUUGUUUAAUCGUAUUUCCACUGUUUUAGUUCAUAACUCGAAUGAUUUAAAAUCAUAACAUACGUGUACAAAUUUAUUGAUUUUUCAAGAAAUUUAUUUCUGAUCGAACGUAGAUGUGGCAGUAGAAAAUAAAAAUUUGUAUUUCAUCAAUGGAACUAGAGAAAUAAGGACCGAGUCCACAAUUCUUGUCGAAGAUAUAACGAUCCAAAAUAGACACGUUAAGGGAUCGAAAACAUGGAUGUUACGAAAAUAGUCAAAAAAAAACAUUAAUUGUAUUAAAAAACAUACUUAGAGUAGUUUAAAAAAAAAAAAUGCAAAGACGUAAGAUCAGAUGUGUGGAAAUUACGAAAAAAUUGGUUACUACGGACGCUUUUUAUCAGAACCCGAAUAUUGUGGAAGAUAUCAUCAAGAAGUCCAAUGAGUAUUAAAUACCAUUUAAGGCAGAAACUAAGAUGGGGAGAUAGGGUGAAGGAAGAUUUGGGAAAAUUAAAUCCAGUAGUGAAUUGGAAGGAAAUAGACAUUAAUAGAUAGAGAAAGUCGUUUAGAUAUUAUGGGCAUAAAUCACGAAACAAGAAAGACGUAUCAAUAUAGUAACCUGUUUAGUUUAGCAAAAUCAGUUGACAACCGAACUAAACCUAUAUAAAUUUCGGCCAGAAGUUUAUCUAAAACAGAUUUCUAUGCAUUACUUAUUUUCUAAAGCUUGUACGAUUGCUUCGUCACCGUUGACAUACGUCUUUGUCUGAUUUGUAGCAGCGGCGUACCGGUAUUCGGUUUUAUCCUGUCAAGUAAAUAUUGUAUCGUACAAUUGUAUCGAUAAACGCGCAUGAAAUACGUCUGAUUGGACAAUAGCUCUUUGUGAGAAACGUAAGUCCGUUACCCCGGCUUACGGAUGGAAAUUACAAUAGUGCGUUUUGAAUAUCUCGAACCGAAAGGGAAAGUAAUAUAUUAAGACGUAUGCACAUGACCGAGUCUGCUGUGGGGUUAUAGUUAAAUACGAUUUUGAUGAUGGGAGUACCUACAACUAUUUAGGACUUUGUUGAAGUAAUCAGACCGCCGCGUCGCUUUUUUCGGAUAGUUGUAAUAAUACGAAUAUUAACGUCAAGCGUAUUUUCUAAAGCAGUGUUGUGUGCGAGACGAGAGUAAUCACAUAUCAUUCGGUCCAUUGUUAUUAUUGUUCUGUGUGCGUACGUCUAACAACGCAGGUUUCAUAAUCCAUUAGAGUAUAGAAUUCGCGAGACGAUUGUCGGUGUCCACUUGAACGUUCGUUCGUAUUUUUCCAACAAGGGAGAGAUUAUUAUCGUGCCGGUUUUCACAACUAAUCUAUAACAUAUUAUAUAGAAUCGGAAUAAUUAUUGUCUGUAUAUAAAUAUAAGUCAUGCGCCGUGUGUACGUAAUGGUGUAAUUAUCCGGUAAAAAGAAGGACUUAGAAAGUGGGCGGGGAGACAUUCGUCCCGGGCACCGUAUUUAGUGGGGUGUCGUAAUUUUUCAAUAUAAAUUCCAUUCCGAAGUCGACGCUCGCCGAACGGGGUGAUUUUAGUUUGUUUUAAAGCACAAAGUGUACAGUACGAAACGUGAAGUGUGCACCUUGAAAUCUCCGUGUUUUACACGAAACGUAUUCUUCGAGGAACGCCAUAGAGCGCCACCAAGCAAUUUAAAUACGUGUCUGAAUUUAAGUUUUCAUAACUUACGGUUUAAUACAUAAUAAAGCACAAUUCAACGUGCCUAUCCGUUCAGUAUCGCUUGUAGAGAAUUAAAGCGUGUACUUGUACCGACCAUCGAUAUCUAUCGCAUCAGCCCGCUUAUUACUACGCGGAUACAGGAGUUACAUCAAAAUAACACGAGUGGAGAGUUCAAUGACAUAUUGUUAUUAUUUUUUUAGGAUAAACUGUUUUGAAAUAAUCUAAAAACCGUAUGUUUAGGUACGCCAUUACCACGGCUACAUUGGCUACACUCGACCGCACCGCAAUAACCAACAUGUAGUAUAGCCGUCCCGCGAUUCAUUUUUUAUACGACGCGCAACCGAUUCCGUCACGUCGCUCUUCUACAGAGUUCGGGCGGUUAACCAUGCGAUGUUAACAUUCAAAGUGACGUACUGCCGAGAUUCUGAGCGGAGCGCGGAGUGUAUUGGUUUUGCUAUUAUUUUUAUCUUUAAUUUUUUUUUUUAAUUUUUGUUUUUUUUUUACUGUGUACAAAAAUUCUACUAAAACACCUUGCUCUGAUAUGUACGUGCGGCACCAUUUCCGAAAGAAAAUAUUAUCCAACCGGUAGUUUAAAGAUGUUUGAUUUUCCAAGCGGGUUUCAUAAUAUCUGAAAAAACCCGUGAUAAAACAUAAGAAAAACGGAAAAUUUACGAAAAUAAUGAUUUUUUAUUAGUUUCAAUUUUAUUAUUUGUUGUAAUUCAGUUAAAAAUAUUUCUAAAGACUUGAAAUUUGAAGAAAAAACGUAUUUUCUAGUUAUUAUAAAAUUUUCAAAACAUUAGGGCUAACUUUGAGCUUUUAAAAAUACUUAAAUUUUUCGAGUUUGGUAUGAUUUUUAUUCGGUAGGUACUCUCUGGUAAAAUUGUUAAACUUAACAGAAAUGCUUGAAAAUUUAAAAGAAGAUUAAUUAGAAAAUUAAACUAUGUGAUGGAUAAAAAAAUCAAGUGUAAUGUAGUAUUAAUACCAAAUUUUGACGAAAAUCGUUUAUUUUUAUGUUUAACAUCCAUAAUUCACGAGUAUUUUGGCACGUACGUCAUUAUUUUCCUGAUAAGAUACCUACUACCUAAUACCUAUGACAGGAAUUCAAAAAACCAAUGUCACCAACACCUAAGUAUAGUUUUCUUUAGAAGAUCAAACCAGAAAAAAAUCAAAACCCGCGAUUUUUACACGGUUUCCAUCCAUUAAUCGAAACCCAAUCAAAAUUAAAGUCGAUUAUACUCGAUUUUCAUAAUAAAUGUAUUUUUAUAAAAUUAUUAAAACAUCAUAGGAUAUUAUAAAUAACUAUAUAUUUAUAUAAACUGACAUUUGAAAAAAACAAAUUUUCCGGCAAUGCUUCAGUAUUGCUAAAUUGAGUUUAGUUAACCUCGGAUCAGAUAUAAAUAAAAAAACUACAACAAAUUUAAAAAAAAAAAAAUCACAAAUCGUUGGUAGUAAAAAUAAUGUACAUUCUCCGCUCCACUCAAAAUCUCAAAACAAAAAAAUUAUAAUUUUAGUAGCCGGGGGUAAUGACUUAUUAGUCAUGAUACCUUUUGAAUUAUCAAGUAACUAAUACAUUUUUAAUGUCUCGUUAAAAUGUUACAAUAAUAUAAAUUAACGUUUUAUCCUCUUUUUUUAUUUUAUAUCCGGCACAAUUGCCAUACAUAUAUUAUAUAAUAUUUUAUUAACAAUUCAUCAUAUGUAAAUUAAUUGUUUGUUAAAAACAAAAAUGUACAUAAUACAUACAAAUGCUAUUUUGUUAUUCAAAUAGUAUGCGUAUAGCAUGUAGAACGUAAACAAAUAGCCAAAUAUUCAAAUGUGCAUUUGUAUCAACUCGGAUGAAUUAUAAUUCGAAACGUGUAUGCUUGAUUAUUUUAGAUUUUAUAUUAAUUUUGUGCGUGUGGCCAUUAUUUUCGGACGGUCGAUAUUAAUGAAGUAGGAAAGCGAUUCCGUCGUAUAUUAAUUUAGUCAUAAUAGAGUUUUCAUCAGAAAAAAUCACCUGGAAAUCCGUCGAAAUAUGUUAGAACUUAAUAAGUUUAGUAUCUAACGAUAAUCAAAUACCAGUUAAUUAAUUAUACAUAUAUGAUUUAUUGGGUCGCGACCACCCACUGGCGAGUUCCUAGUUAAUUUUUGGCGGGUCGCGAAAAUUGUUUUGAAUUACAAAGACUCCGAGAAAUUGAUGUAUUUAGAUUCUUAGUGUAAUGAAAUAAUUUAUUUACAAUAAUGAUGUUCUUUUUAUAAUUAUUAUUUGUUUUAUCUGUUAACAAAUUUUCUACCGCCAAUUUUAUUCCGAUUUUCAAUGGUCAUACUUUCUCCGAAAAGAAAUCUGAAUGAGGAGGUCUUUAAAGAGGUAAGUUCAUGAUUUUUCCGGCUGUUUUCAUGAACUACUAUUUUAAAAGUUGAACCCACAUGGUCACGAUACAUUUUCGAGGGAAAAUUUAGGUCGUGGUUCAAAAAAAAAUUGAAAACUACUGUUAUAAUACAUUAACAAAUCGGAAUAUUUGAGUUCAAUAAUCAUUUUAAACCCUUUCAAAGUUUAAAAUAAAUUUUAAAAAUUUUGUUUUUUAUCAAGAAAGUCUUAAUAUAUAAUUUGUCAUUGAUGACGGUAACUAUUUCGAUAAUUCGUUUUAAGUUUUAAGUAUUAAUGCUAUUUGAAAUAUUGACUAUACCACAACAACAUUUGAAACAAAAAGACUAAAAUUCUCAAAACUCUCAGCUAAAAUAAAUUAUUUAAUUUAGCAAAUAUACAUUUAAUUUGCAUUAUAAUAAAGAAUAUUCGUUUUACUGCGGUCGUAAGCAGGACGAUCGUGAAUAGUUUAUCCUCCAAACGGCAAACGUAAUCAGCGACCCGUUUAUAGGAAUAAUACGAAAUUUCAACACCAAAAUUAAUCUAAACUUAACAUGUAGUCGAAAUAUGUGAUACGUAUAACUAAUUGAACAGCUAAAAGACGUCUCACUCCCUCUCUCCCCCAAUCCCCGUAAAAAAUAAAGUUGAAUAGAAAUAACGGUAAAGUAACAUUUUAAAGCUAUUUUUUUUUUUUAUUUUUUUUUUUUUGUACACGUUCUAAAUGACAAAUUCCAUAAAGUCCGUAUGUUUUCCGAUAGAAAAGGAAUAUCUCACGCCACGUCAAUCACCGUGUACAUUAUUAUUUAAUGACAUUUUUAUUUUCGGCCAUUAAAACCCAUGGUUUCAAUAUAAGACUUCAUCGCAUAUUGUAAUAAUAUCUGCACAUUGUACAUUCGUUAUAUUAUUACGCGUAAUGCAUUUCGUAUAAAUUGUUUUUACGAGCAAACGUGUAGAACUUCUUCGAAGCUCAACGUUACAGCGCAGUUACACCGAGUCCGUCGAAAACAAUUUUUCGAACACAACGUUAUUCAUCGUUUUCUCGAAAUUCAACGAAAUAAACUAAUAAAAAAACACCCCAGCUCGCGCCGAGGCGAGAGAUCAAAACUUACAACGAUUAUUGUACCCCUCGCACGUAUUCGCGCAUAAUUCGUAUAAUUUAAAUUAAUCUAAAUAAAAUAUUUCACGAAAUAAUCAACUACGCAGUUUGCGUUGUCUCGAUAAAUUCCCACGGUUCUCAAAAGAUCUAACGCGGAUACGGUUUUUAAAUUUCAAUUUUUCUUUUCUAUUUUUCUAUUUAUAUUUCCAAUGCGUUUGCAAUGGAUAAAUUCGGUUCGGAUAUUUUAAUGCAUACACUCGUAGGUACUGAUAACGAACGUAGAUUCACAAUGCAGCAUCGUAAACUAGACUCGGUUUCAGUUAUACAAAUAUCGUUGUAAAUCGUACGGCGCUUUAAUAAUUAUAAUAAAGGCUUUUAUAGAACCGAGUAGAUUUCGCGGCUUGGCGCUUUUUUCGUUAAUUCAAUAACAAUUAUAACAGCGUUGCGGCACGUGUUAUGUUUUCGAUUCGUCCGUGUACCUGUGUGUAUAGUAAAACUCCGAUCAAAAACUAUAAAAUAUACGCAAUCGCGUAUUAAACGGCUUAAGUGUUCCUCGAGCCAUUUACCUCCAUUAAGUUUCGCUUAAAUCACGGUGGACGAUGGCAUCGUAAAGAGAGCCAGGUAUGCGUAAUAAUAAACGUUCGCGGAUAAAGCUUCGGGAUUUUAAGCCAAUCGCACGGCGCGCCGUACAGGCAAUAUUGAUACGCACAGGUCAUGGGGGUCUAUGCGCAGCGUUUUGUUGACCAAUAGCGGUUAUUAAAAUAUCCACAGAAGAUUAUUAGGAACAAUAUGGCUAGACUAAUGUAUGUCUAGAUGAAGAUAAAAUCCAGAUAACGAUUUUAUUAUUUUGUUUCUAUGUUAUCAUCAAUCAAGAUAAAUAAGAAAAUGUAUUUAUAAUUAAAAAAUUAAAAACGGUGCGUAUAGUUCUUAAAACCAUUAACCAGUUUGGUAGGUACAAAUUUAGACGCGAUUCUGUACAAAUUUAGCAUUUUAUCUAGGCUUUAUUCCUAUUAUGAAACUAGCUGUCUCAUACCCGGCGGUCCCGUGCCAAUUCGUAUAAUUAUUAUUUCACCAAUGUUCAUUUUUGGUUUUGGCCGUGUUAGAAUUGAAUGAAAACCUUCGGCGGACUAAAUGUGUUUCGUUAUGAAAUUUGAAUUAAAGUAAAUAAUAAUAAUAAUAAUAUUUAUAAUAGUUUACUAAACCGUGGAGACCCUUGAAUAAAUAAAAAUCGUAUAUAAAUAAAAAAAAGUCUGGUUAGUUACACCAUUUACAAGUCAAGAACAACUGGAACGAUUUUGAUGAUCGCGUGCUAUUUUCUGACCAAUUUCUAAUAAUAAUUAAUCACCAUUUAUUUUUCAGCCCUGUUACCGGGAUAACACAAAUAUACGAAAAAAAUUGCAUUUAUUAUAUUAUAAUCUAAAUUAAUCGGUAUUGCUCGUGUGUACAUAUACGAGAAAAUAAUAAAAUCACGAUUAAAAAUAGUGGGUGAAGGUAGUAGGAUAAAAAAUAUUAUACGUACUAUUCUCAGACCUAUCAAAUAUACACUACAAAUUUCAUGAAAAUCGUCCAAGCCGUUUCGGCGAGGUUUCAUAACAAACACUGUGACCGGAGAAUUUUACAUGUGGAUAUAUUAUAGGAUAUACUUUAUAAAUAUCUAAAUUAUAAUUUACAAAACUUCAUUCAUAGGUGUAUUUUAUACAAUGGAUAUUUUAUUAAUGAUCGGUUAUCGUAUUUAUCGUUUAUUUAGAUAAAAUAAAAAUUCAUGUAGACAAUACUGGUGUCCGUAUAGUAAAUUAUAACAGUACGAUUUAUGAAAAAUUAAAAAUAUAAACCACGGUUGUUGUUAUUGAAACUGAACCAUUUUUAAUGUACAAUAUUGAAGUAGGUAUUCACAGCCGAUAUUAUUUAAUAAGCAUAAAUGAUAUUUGAAAUCGCAGUAGCAUAUUAAAUGUGUAUUAUGAGACUACUCCGUAGGUAAAAAAAAAAAAAAAAAAUGAAUAAAUAAAACUAUACAAUAAUAAUUCAUAUUGAAACAAUUAUAAUGCUCCGUGGUAGAACGGCUUUUUAAAGUGGUACACACAGUGGUAGGGAAGUAGGAGGUCAUAUUUCCUACCCCCCCGCCACCAUUGGUUUUUAUGUUUUUAACAUAACAACUACAACGGUUAUUUAUUUUGUAGGCACUUUAAUGUUGAAUCGAUCUGUAUAUUUCUGAUCAAUUGCAAGGAAAUGCUUGAAAUAUAUUGAAUAAAUAUUGGUUUAUAUAUUUAUUUGUGAUUAGAGAAUAUUUUUGCUACGUCCAUUUUCUUCGGAAAAAAAUAUAAUACAUUUCAUGUAUUAAACAAUUGAAAUGAAAACGACUCGGAUCAUUUUUUUUUUUUUUUUUUUUUUAAGAGAAAUUUUGGUCGUUCUAAAAAAAACAGAUACUGAAAAAAAAAAUUAAUAAAUUGACAACAUAUUUUUAUCGCGUUUCUCGUGCGUGAUAUUUUUGGUGAUUUUUUUUACAACCUACCUAUUAUUAUUAUUAUUUUUUUUUAUGUUUUCAUACAAAAUAUAUUAAAAUGUUGAUAGGUAUUACAUAACUUUUGUUGAUAUUUCACAUAAUAAAAUAAAUACCUACCAAAAAAUAAUGUUUUUUGUUUUUUCAUAAAUGUUAGAGUAGUUUCGUAGACCCCGCGGGUUCUCUUGUAAUGUAUAAAAUAAAAGCAGUUCCCUCUUUGCAACUCAACGGAUUUUAGUUUUUUUUUUAAUAUAAAUAUUCCAUUGUUACGCAAAUUGAAAUUAUUCUUAAUGAAUAACAACUAUAGAAUAAUAGAAUGGAUGACAUUAUGUUAUGACACAUAAAAAAAAAUGUUAACUUUAAUAUUAAAGUAAAGUAAAUAUGUAUUUCGGUAAUAGAAUUACCGUAAUCUUCAGUGCAAUAACAACGAACUCUUAUAGUGUAUUAAAAAAUAAUCUAAUACAUUGAAAUUGCACAAUAUUAUAGGACAGGUUAUAGAAUAAACUCCGAGGAUAAUAUAAUAAUAAGUAUAUAAUCGACUAGUACACACGACGAUCCUUUUAUCGUUGAACACUCGUUAUUUCGAAAAGUAAUGAUUUCUUUCCAAAAUUUUAAAUACAUGCCUUAUAUUUUACACAAUUAUGAAAAACAUUUACUUUUUCGCCCUUGUGUUUACCGAAUUAAUCGCAAUAGAAUUUUGAUUUUCAAGUAGCAACACCGAACUCCCCCCCCCUUUAUUUCAACUCAGAUUUAAUUAAUUUUAAAAUGUUGACAGACAUAAUAAUAAUAUGGAAUUUACCGUUUUUGAGUUAUAACAGUUUAAAGUAUAGAUUGGAAUAGUAGAGAAGUGUUAUGAAUUAUUUAUCAUCCAAUGAUAGAUUAUAUACGAAAUUAAAUGUUUACUCUACUCCCCAGGUCCAAACGGUCUUAGUGUUAUGCCCAUGAAAAUGUUCGGUGAAUAUCAUCUAUUAAAAUCUGUGACCAAAAGACGGAAGGACUGUCAUUUAAAAAUCAAAAGUCUUGAUAGUGAUUUACAAAAAAUAUAAAACAAAAGGGCAAAAAGGAAAAAGUUGUGUACGAUUGUGGAAAAUACAAUUAUUAUACAUUGAAUUAAUUGAUUAUUUAACGUGCCUAUGUAAGGAACCGAUAUAUUUUAACAUUUGGCAAACUUAAAAUUAAUUUUAUUGUUUGUUUGUUUUAAUCAUACAAACGUAUGAGUAUUAUAAUUUUUUAUCGUAUACACUUAAAAAUAAGUAAUUCAUUCAUAUAUGUAUUUUUUUAUUAGUUAAAAAACUUUAAAUCAUAUUUAUUAUUUUUUUUUUUUUGUAUUAUCAGACAUUUUCGGUUUAUUAGAUUUACAUUAACUAAAAUGUAUUACAAUAUAAAUUAUAUUAUAUCGAAUUCUUACUGUGCGGUAAAUGUAUUGUAAAAGUUUAAUAUAUAACAUAAUAUAAUUUUCAAUUGAAAACGGGAUUUAAAUUAUAUUUUUUUAUUCCACAUUCGAAAAAAAUUUACAAAGGAUUCCGAUCGAAACGGAUCUUUUUAAAUGCAAUCUCCGUGCUUUGAAAUCCGUUAUAAUAUGAUGACAAUAUGCCUACACAGAUUUAUUAUAACCGUGCGCAGUGGAUUCAUUUCGAAUUGACGUAUAUUGAAAAUAAACUUAAAAUACUUGACAUUAUAAGCAUAACAUCACAACCAAUAACAGAUACUUAAAGCUCACUGAUUAAAUCGUGUGCGCUUCCUACGUCAGACUAUUCCCUUUGAGUAGUACUUUAAAUCGUUGUCAAAUUGUUUUAGAUCCAAUUUUAUGGUACAGCGAACGAGUCGACCUCAUUUUAGUCACAUAGCGUCUGGUCGUGGAAUUUUUUAAUUACAUUUUCCCGAUCCUGUUCGUUAAGUAUCGCGGGCUCGCUCGUUAUGAAUUUGACUAUUUCUCACAUGAACCCAAGAGAGAUUUUACACUCAUAAUACUAUAAUGAGUAUAUGAAUUUAUAAUUUCUACGGUUUGAAGAAUUCCUCAUUUUAGCUUUUGAUGGAGUCCUUCUCCGUAGAUAAUUAAAAAUUUAAACAAUAUAUAUUAUUUAAUGUCUAUCGGCAAAUUGUACAAUGAUUUAAUAACAGUAACUCAUCAUUUGCAAACAAAACCACACGAAAAAUGUUGUUCGAUUUGUUGCCAACAGUUUUAUUAUAUUUUUAUAUAAAAUUGUUAAACGAUUUAUAAAAAUAAUGAAACAAAUAAAUACAUAAAUAUUAAAAAUAUUUCGUUAAACUGUAAUGUCUACUACGAUACUCCGUGAGGAAUCGAAUCAAAUACUCUUUGUCCGUCUAAAAUAUACAAACAGCAUGGAAAAUUAUUUUCCUUUUUUUUCCAUUAUAACGCUUAAGUAUAAUUUUAUUUUAAGACAAAAUUAAUAUAUUAAUAUUCGUUUCGUACCAUGGUAAAAAUUCUCAUCAAAUUUAUGAUUUUUUACAUUUUGUGUUAAAACGUAUCAGUGAUGUUAGAGAAUAGGUUACCUAAUUUUGUUUUUUACCGAACGCAUAUCAAGUAAUUUCAAAUUUUAUGAAAAUCAAAAACAUGUGUGCCAAACUUAUAGUGUAAGUGUGUUAAAUUUUUAAUUUUUUUUUUUUUUUUUUUGGUAUGCGAAAGUUUUUUUCCCCCACUUAAUUAGUUUCUGGAACUACACCUGGCCCUCAAUCAACAUAAUCCUUAAUUGUUAUAAUGUUCUGUUCAUACGAAAAGCAACGAAAUCAAAACUGAUUGGCAAACAACAAAGGCCUUUAUUAAAAACGUGAUUUAAUACGUACGUGAACACGGAAUCCGUGUACUCGUGAAUAAGAAAUGUGUACUCACGUGUCCACAACACACAUGAAAUGUAAUUACAUGUUUACACGAACUUUUUAACCACGCGGUUAUAUGAAUUUGAUGUGCUCAUAGAAUAAUAUUUGUAAAAUAUGUAACAUUAAAUGUUAACCUUUGCGAUAGUAAAUAUGUAAACCGGGAAAAAAAAAAACGAGAUCGGCUAUAAUAUUGUAACCGCGCGAUGCCAAAUAACGUUUAUUAUCUAUAAAUUAUACGCAGUUAUCAAAAUAAUUAUAAUAAUUAUUCCGCCGUAAAGAAAUGACGUAAAAAUGCAUCAUUAUAAUUUUAUAUUUUUGAGUUACAGAGUCAACAAGAAGGCGAUGUUUUUAACAAUAACAAUGGUUUAAAUAAAUAACUAUAAUGUAGUAUAUUUUUUGACCAGACAUAAUGAUUGUUUGUAGUUAUUAGUUUUCUGUUGUUUUGCCGUCGCUAGCGGGAAACGCACGUUGAUACGAUGAGUAGCUAUAGGUUUCUAACAAGAAAGGUCAAAUUUUCGUAUUCACGUGUACACAGCAAGCCAAAAAUUGUACAUUAUUUUUUUUAAAUAAAUAACUCGAUACAAAUGCGAAUGACGGAAACAAUAAGUUUAUUUCCAUCGUAGCUACUUAUUUCUACGGUUCCAGUACAAUACAGAUGUAAUAUUACAACAACGAGUGACUGUUUUAUCAUAUAGUGAUUGAAAUCUAAUCAAUUAUACAUUAUAUACUAGCGCGAUUUCGUCACGGCGUUCUUUAUAAACAAAUUAAUAUCAACAGUAAAUUUGUAAUUUGUAUAUAAUACUCGUAUAUCAUCCGUGUAAUUGAGGGGAAACAGAAACAAAUAAAAAGAAAAAUCUUUAUUAGUAUAAUGGCGGCGGGUUCAUCCACUGUUAUAGGUGGAAAGUUGGACAGGUAAGAUAUAAACGGAAAUUUAAUGUGUAUCUAUACACAACGAUUUACCAUUGCUAAUGAAAAAACGAUUCUGAGCGGCGAUCGGUUGAUAGUGUUGCUUUGUCAACAAUAUAUAUGUCAAUAUACUAAUACAAUUACAAAUGCAUUAAACGUUUUCUUUAAUAAUAUUUGUUUAGUUAUUUUUCCGUUAUUUUUCCGUUUUUUCUAGGUUUUUCUCUAGUGUUCCAUGUUUUUUACCGGGUUUUCCAAUUUAUCGGAAAAACUCCUUGGGAAAUCAAAAAAUAACCUCACUAAAGAACCUCUCCUGUCCUAUUUUCUUUCAAAAAAAGUGCUAUAAUUGUAAGUCGGAAAAAAAUUGCUGAUAAAAGUUGUUCAAAAAAAAAACUAUAAACCCAAUACAUUCCUCCUCCAUUUAUAUUAAAAAUGUAUAAAAGAAAAUAACUGUCACCGAACCUGUAAAAUAAAAAUAUUGCAGUAGACACGUUCCAAAAGUGUUGGGAAUUUGACAUUUGUCUGAACAUAUAUCUUUCGGUACUCUCUAUCCCUACCCUCCUGAAAACGCCAUUUUAAUUCAAGCAACAAUUUAACUUUACAUAAUAUAAUAAAUAAUAAUAAUAUGAAUAUUAAUAUAUGAGCCAGUGAUUUUCAAUAGCCAAAAUAUCUAUUUUCUAAAAAAAUGAGAUAAAAAAAAAAUUCAAUUUUCAUAACCAAAGCCCGAAAUUUAAGUGUUUUUUUUUUUUUAAACAGGCCACGUAUUUUGCCAGACGAUCCUAAAGACGGUAAGGCGAAAACUUAUUUGGAAUGCAACUUGGGCGAAGUAACGUUACACCAUCAUGUGCUUCACAAAGAAUCGCUGCCGGUCGGCCAACUAUACACGACUGCGGCGGGCCGACAGGAACUGUGUAAUACGAAUAAAAACGUGCCAGAUCUGUUGGACACAUUAGUGCCCGCCAAGAAUCGGCGAAUUUCUCAAACACUACCCAGGUCAGUUGACGUUUUUCUAAUUAUUUACCGAUUCGAAUAUCUACCUGUUGUACUAAUAAAAAGAUCAAAUAAAAUUAGUUUUUUUUUCACUCGAAAAUAUAAUCCGGAUCAAUAUUAAGUUCAGGCAUAAUAUUAAACUUGGGUAUGCAAACGCACUAUGUGCAAGAUAGCUAAUACGAUAUAUAUGUUUGUUUUUUCUUUAUCAACAGGUCGACUUACAGCUCGAACAAUAGAAGAAAUACCGUGUACGUGCCGAAAGCGUCUGAAAGUCAAUCUCCUUUGUUGUUGGGCAGUCGCAGCAGUGGCGGCAGCAACACCAGUCGAAGCCAAUUAUCCUUCGACUCGUCGGUAUCGCCGGAUCGUCCGAGGUACGAAAAAUAUGCAAUAAAACAGAAGGGCAAAGAUUUUUUUUUUGAAACAUACUGUAUAAAAUUCCACGCACCCCGAACGCUCGAAAAACCUGGAAAAUCUACGCAUAAUAUCCGUACUCUUAUAAAAUUAAUGCGGAUUUCUAAUGAUCACCGACUUAUAAAAUAGUCACAUCUUAGUCAGUAAUCACUUAUAUGCGUACAUCGAAAAUUGUCGAUGAUGCAUACUGCAAUAUGCAUUGACGUUCGAAAUAGAUCGAUUUUUUUUUUUUUUAUACAUAUACGUGCCUGCGAUAGAUUUCUGUAAAAUUGAUCUGACGAUUGAUUGAAUGAGGUGUUUUGAAAAUGUAUUAUAAAAAUAAAAAGGAAAAUCGUACGAUCACUUCGGUUGUUUUAUUUUGUCAAAAAUAACAACAUAUUUUUGUUUAAUACGAUAAUAAUAUUAUAAAUUAUACUUCACGAGACGGUGUAUACGGUGUAUACAGCAGCCGCCUCAUUGUUCGCAUAAUUAUAAUUUAUUUUCUAAUUAAUUUAUAAGCGCACGCGGUUAAUUAUUAUCGUGAAAACUUUUUGAUAAUUUACCAACUUAAAACCGAAAUGUUUCGUAAACGCGAAUUUCGAUUUAUUAAAUAUUUAAAAUCUAGAAAACUUAAAUCGCCUAAAUUAGUGAUUCUGACGAUUCAAUAUUAACGCUCUCGUUAAAAUAUUUAUUUACGUGCAAUUAUCCCGAUAUAAUCUGAUUUUCCGUUGCCUAACCAUUAUGCGCGGGUUCAAUAUUCCGCAUGCGCACAUUUCGAUUUACACAAGCGAUAGCGGAGCAUCAGAAACUGCUAAUGCACGAGUGUUUAUGUUUAGUUUGCAUGAUGCUCUAUGAAUAAUAAAAAUAAAAUUUAGUUUUAAACGAUCGUUAAAUACAGACACGAAUUAAUUUUUAUUGUGCAAUAAUAUAUUUAUAGGUGUGUUCGAAAAAAAAUACGAAUAAAACCAUUUCUAUUUAUUUGCGUAUGAAUAAAAAAUGAGUUUUUUUUUUAUAUAUAUACUCAAAAUUAAAAAUCUAUUGAAAUCUUGAAUUUAAUUCUCAAUAUAUCAAGAUAUAAUUAUCGAAUAAAUAAUACACGAUGAAUGAUAAUAAGGAUAGUGAAAAAAAAAAUCCCGGGUGAUUUGUAUACGAGACAAAUUUAAUUAUUCAAAACGGUUAUAAGGCUAUGUUGUUCUCAAACAAUUUUAAACUAAUUAAAAUUUCAUGCUAACCUUGUAUUAAAUUGAAUUUUAAUAGUAUUAAGAAAAAACGUAAUACCUAUACUGUUCAUUAAAUUGGUAUGGUUCAAGUAAGAAGGAACGAAGAGGGACGGAGUUCGUUUUAUUUAAGGUGAAAUCAUAAGUCCCGUUUAGCUUAAGUGUUCGAUGUCUGAGGUGACGCUUUAGUUAUUGGAAUUGAGACAUUUUGAAUGUAUUUUUUAAAGCCAAUAAUCGUUUUUCAAUAUCCGAGUAGGUGUGUUAAAACUUAAUACCGUUUCGAACAAAUACGAUAUUAUUUUAAGUGUGCGCCUAAUAAUAAUAAUAAUAAAAAAAAAAGGCGUUAAAAUAUACAGGUACGCAGUAUUAAUUUUAUUGCAGCGGAAAUUGAAUUGCGAUAGCAAUAGCGUAUUUAAUAGGCAAGAUUAGAGUGAUGUAUAUAUCCAUUGAUAUUAUUUUAGAUACCUAUUAUUGAUACGUCCGACUAGUUUUUAAAUUAAAAUUUCUUUACUUUUUAUUCAGAAAAACCAAAAGUGUAUUGUUAUUGUUAAUAUAUUAUCAACGAACUCUGAAUACUUUUUUUUUUUUAACAAAACCUAUCCGGAGUAUUAUAAAAUACGAAGGAGGUUAGACAGUUAGGUUAAAUCCUAAAUAUGAAAUAACCUAAUAACAAUAAAUUACAAAUACCUGUGCUAUAAAAUAGUAAUUUGAUCAAAAUGAUAAUUUUAAAGCAGAACGAAUGGAAAACAACAUACAACAGUUUAUAUUUUACAAAUUGAUAAUUUUUUUAACUUAGAUUUUAUACAAUGUAACACAAUUUCCAAAUUCGAUUUGAAUUCCAAGAAUUUCCCUUCUUGGAAUAAUCCCGAAAACGCCACUGCGCGGUGACGUAAUAAACGAGAAUUCGUCCGAUUUCUCUCGCUCGUUAUUCUCGGCAAAAUCAUUCGGAACUGAUAACGAAAUUUAGUUGAAAUAUCUGUUGGUAGGUUUAUUAUAACAGGUCAUCACAUAUGUUUUAACGUCUCCAUUAUGUGAGUACUACACUGUCAUUUCGAUUCAUUUAUUUAUUUAUAAUUUAUCUGUAUAGACUACGCGUAUAAUUAUAAACCAAGAGCCGGUUUUUUAUUAUUUUUUUAUUAUUUUUAUAUUAACUGUAACAGGAUCCACCGAAAAUACCAUGUUUGCCUAAUUGGAAGUUAAUUAAAACUGUCUUUUCGAUUUUUAUUGUAACAUUACACGGUCAAUGCGAUUAUAGGAGACUAUAUUAUUUCAACGAAACGUUGAAAUUAUAUUUUUUAACAUCUAGCGAAUCCCGACUUUUCCGGGGCAUCGCGAUUUUUUUUUUUUUUUUUGAUAAUCAUAACUAUAACAUUGGGGACAACAAUUUAUAUUUUAUCAUUAAUUAGUUUCAUCGGUGGUUCAGAAUUGGCUAUAAUAAUAUUUAAGGAUUUCAUAAAUAUUUCAAUUAAGAAAUAAAAGAACACACUUGAGCAACAGAGCUCCGUCACUAAAAUUAAAUAUUCCCUACACUAUUUUGUAUAAAGAAAUAAUCUUUAUAAAAACAAUUUUGUAAUAUAACAAAUACUACAUUUUUAUAAUAUGGCUGUACUGUUUCUAUAAAAAAAAAAAAACAAAACAAAAAUGGUGAAAUUUAAGCAUCAAAGUUGUAGGAGCAAGAUUUGAAAAUUAAAAACUCAAAAAACACAUCAUUGAUACUUACCUCGUGGAUUUACAAAAUGCUGUCCCCUUGGCUUCAUUUGAGAUGGUUGUUUUCUCUAGAAGUGUUCAAAUUUAAUAAAAAUAACACACUCUUCCUACAACAACAUUUCGAAAUUCACAAUGAAAUUCAACUCGACUCUUAUCACUUCGAUUUUCCGAUAAAACUACUCUAGUUUCCGAGUUUGAACUCACUCAGUCAAGAGGAAGUCGACCCGGUAGAGGCUGCAAUAGUCUGUAGGAUUUUAUCGCAAAUUUCGUGAGAAUUUUUAUUCCUGCAAACAUAUUUUGUUCAGACUCGCUAAAUGUCUCCGGAACGGAUAAAUUCCUUCAUAACCGGAAAUGGUCAAUGUUAAAAACUACGGAAGGAAACGAGAACGAGUUUGUUAGUUAGUAACUGCAACGAUAACUUUCCGUAACGGCAAACACAUUAUCACGGACAUAUUCGGGUCAAAGCAAAAGGAUCAGCGAUAUUAAAAUCCCGUACUCGCGGUUGCGCUGCGAACUUUACAAUAUGAAAAGGGUAUAUAUGUAUAAUUUUGAUAACCGGACGCACUCAGGCUACGCCCGUAUCCAGACACUUCCGACUGUUUCCCGUAAUGACAUAUGGAUAACGUUUUAGAGUACCUACGCCCGUAAAAGUGAGGUGCCUAUACAAUUGUUCGUAUUGAAAUAAAAAUAGCUAUUAUAAUUAUAUUAUAACAAAUAGGUAGCGGUACGACUAGGGGGGGGAUAUAGGAGGUUUUAUGAAUAGUCGACGUUUUUUUCUUUACGAAUUCGACGCGAAUUCCUACAUAUCCGACACGUUUAAUGCUAUGUAAAUUCGCAUAAUAUGUGUCGCUAUAACAUAGAUUUUCAUAUAAUUUUAAGUACGCGAACGUCGUGUAUAUUUCGUAAUUUACCAUCCCAAAUACCUGCCCGGAAAUUCAUUUAAAAUUCCCUAACCCCCGAUCCCCGAAAAAUAAAUGCUAGUUACGUCAGCGCGCACAGACCACGCGAGCUCGUCGAUAUUCAACGCGAGCCCCGUUCACGCCCGCAAACAAAUAAUUAUUUUCGAUUUUAAUUGAAUUUGUAUUUUCACGCGAUACAUUGGCACGUAGCGCGUAUUAUAUUUUAUUAAUAUUGUAAUUCGUCUAAUAUUCGUCUAACACAUUGUGCGUGGGACGUGUUUAUUCGUUUGAACGGUUUGUUGACCGUAAUCUCGUAAUUAUAGCAAUUAUUCCUGUUAACAAUGAUAUUUUUAAAAUCCAAUAAACGUAAUUGGUUUUUUUUUUUUUUUUUGUCUCCGGCGGGUGUAAUUCUUCUUGGUGUAUACAUGAAUGGGUUCUGGCGGUUUCUUGUCAAUUCGGAUUAAUUUGAUUUUUUUUAAUUUCCGUAAACGACAGUGUACCUGUACAGUAUACGCGUUAGGGCGCCGUGUGUUUUAUAUAUGCACAAUAAAAAGCAUUCAAUUUGACUAAAUAUAGUAGUGGCUCGACCCCAUUUAUGAAUGAUUAAUAAUAUGUCACGAUAAAAAAAAAAAUAUUAUCAUAGGUAGGUAUCUGCAUACUGUAUGAAUUAUUUUACGAGUAUUUUAUAAUUAUCAAUUUUGUACUUUCGAACCACAGUUGUGCGUACACAGGGUUUUCAGGAAGAUAUCCAUCGCGAUAUUUCCUGAAAUAUUGUUUUUUAAUUACAUUUUUAUGUUUUGGUAAAAAAUUUGGAAACUGUCAUUUUAUGGAGUUUAUUCAGAUGAGUUUCAACUUGUAAUUUGUAAUAUAGUUUGUUUUAGGUCAUAGAAAAAUAGUGUACCGUUAUUAAACAUUUUAUAUGGCAGUGUUUUGAAAUCAUCUCAUCUUUUCUUUUGAUAAAUUUUGUUUGUCAAAACACUAUUUUUUUGCAUUCUAUAAACAAAAUAUUAAAAAACAACGAAGUAAAUGAAAAUUAAAAGUCGGAACGACAAAAUUAGAAUAACCCUUGCAAAAAUGGCUAUCACUGAUUCAAAUAUUUUAAUUAUUGUGAAAAUUGAAUUUAAAUAUGAAUACUUGUAGACUUAUAGUCUGCGAUUCAUAAAAAAAAAAAAACCAAAAUAGAGACACUCUGUAUAGUAUCGAGUGUAGACACAAUUCAUCAACAAUAAUACACUCGUUUGAAAUAAUAAUGCUAUUAUAAGGACUAUGCAGGGAUAUUCUAUCGGGAGAUAUAUUUUCGGGGGAUAUUUAUUUAAUGGGUGCAUUAAUUAAGCACUGGCGCGUUUUCCGUCAGUAAAAUUACGGACGCACUAGGAAAUUAGGGAUAGUAUAAUAAUUAUUGCAGAUGCACAUGUAGGCUAUAUUAUAUAAUAAUAUAUGAAAAUGGCUUAUGAUAAAUAUAUGUGUGUGUGUGUGUAUCCAGUGAAAUUUUAUGAACACGCAAAUGUGGAGUCUCGACAUUUCAAAGCACGUCAUCGGGCUUUUUGUUUGUAAUUAUUAUACGACACUUAAAAAAAAAAAAAAAACAGAAAAAUAUAAAUCAGUCGGAAAUCGCAAUACGUAUUCAUGUACAAUCGAUACAGUAAAUAUAAUGUCAGCUAACACUAAAUAGUAAUCGUGGUUUUUAUUUUCGAAAAAUCCCGCAAAGAGAUUUUUUCGCAGUUUUCUUUUUCGGUAGUUCGAUUCCGAACGUCGCGCGUCGUGGCCGUUUAAACAAACGAACGAUUUGUAAUAUUUGUAUUUUUCCAGACUUUCCGGUCUUCUAUGUUUAGUAUUUCCGCCGUUUACUUUAUUCCUAUAAAGCCUCUGAUUUGACUGUAAAUGGUUUUUUUCGUCGCAUAGAACACAUAAUAAUACGGCCCGAUGUACCGGUAAGACCGAUCGGAUCAACAAUAUUCAUCGCCUUCUUUUUCUUAUUCCGGUCUUAAAUUUAGUUUUACUACGGCUUUACACCCUAUCAAAACUCGAAUACUUUAACUCCCGAUAAUUUGUUAUUACCACGGCUUUGAAAAUUGUUGGUGUACUGUCCGUCUUCGUCUUCUAAUUUUUUUUUUUUUUUUACGUAUAAAUUGUUCGUCAAAUGUGUCGUUAUUCUGUAGUUAUUCUUGAAACGUUUUCAUUUGUUUACCAGCUCUUACCUAACCAAACUUAAUCUACUCUGGCACACCUUGAUCAUCCUACAAUAACUCGAAUGCACCUUCUAAAUAUAUAUAUGUCUUACAAAUUGUUCUCGAUUCCAGUAGGUAAGACUGGCAUUAUAGGCAUGAUAAUAACCAUCAAAUUGUAAUUUAUUGUAUUAAGUGAAAGGACGUUUUGUAGAGUUCAACAACUGUAUAAGUACAGGCGUCAUUAAAAAAGACCAUUGAAGAGCGCCAUUAAUAUGUGUGAAAUGUGUCUGCGAUUAGUAUAUCAGGUACCCACCAAGGUUACGGUUGAAGUGGCGGCCGUCGAUGGCUUCACAUAAUAUGAAUUUUCGUAUAAUACUCUCCGAUUACAGUGUAAUUUCGGGACUUAAAUAUUUAUCGACGGCGCGCGUUCAAAACAUUGAUUAUAAUAUUUAUAUAUAUGAAAUGUCAGUGUGUAGAUAUCAGUUCGUAGUUCACGCGAAAAUGGAAAAGACACACUUAUUAUACAUGCUGAACGUGUACACUGUACAUCAAUGGACGAAAUGUCAAAAAUUACAAUUUGGUAUUAUAAAAAUUUUCAGUCUUACGCACAAUUGACUAUUUUUAAAACUAUAUUAUAUUAGUUCAACGUACGAAAUCGAAUUAGUUUUAAACAACUAUUUUUUUUUUUCGAACUUUCCACGACGACUAUUGUUUCGUAUUGUAUCCGUUAAGUGUACGCAUUAUACGUUAAUUAUAUUGCCGCUACUUUAAAAGACUUUUAGAAACUCCCUCUGGACCAAACAAACUGAAACUUCGAAAUUAAAAGUGUUUUAUUUUUUAUUUUUUAUUUUUUUGUAUAGACGGAUUGAAGUGAUAACAUUUUUGUUGAAUUGUGUUCAGUUCGUGUUAUUGUGAGAGCAGGGGAUUUUUUUAUAACUUAAUACACCCCUACAGAUCCUCCUAAAUGAUUUCAGAGGGACGAAAUUCUAUACAUGCACGGUGCAAGUAUCGAUAAAAUGUUUUUUGAAAAGUCUCAACUUUCAACACCCUCCGCAAUCAUUUAUAUGGUCAAAUUUCAAGGUUUCACAAGAAAUACCGGGUUUUCAAUACCCAUACAGGCUCAUCAAAGUAAACAACGGGGUUAAAAUUUGUAUACAUAAAUACCAUUGCAAGUUGUCGAGGAUGUGCUUUUAGAAGGUUUAAACUUCCCUCCCACUUUCUGCAGUUUUUACGCUAGCAAAAAUCACGAGAACUAUUUUACCCGUUUUGAUGAAACGGUUUGCAUUCGUUUCCUUAACAUUGUCGGAAGUCUAUAGAAUACUCUUUAAAAGAGUUGUAUAAGGAGGAGAAGGGAGUAGUGGAUGGUCAAUGCGCGUGUUUCUAGUGAAAUUACUACAAAUUCAAUUGAAUCAAGUAUACGGUUAAGUUUACAAUAUAUUAUUGACGUUCGCGAACCACUCUGGCCGCCAUAACCGAUUUUAUAUCGUAUUCAAUGAAAGUAUUAUAGUUGAGUAUGGUAUACUUACCUAACCUACACUAUUGUCUAUUAGUACGUGACGUAUAAUGCGUUACGAGUCGAAUUUAACGCAGUGCAAAUCGUUUACUAAAUUCGUAUACACGCGUAUCCCGUUUAAAUAACAACUGUAAGACAUUUAAUACGACGACGGGCCUAUACCAGGUAGUGAUUAUAAUGUAUUAACGGAGGAAACGCGUAAACAACGCGCAAAAAUGUCCGUGCGUCGACAUUUAAAUAACACCACGGGUAAAUGCCGUGUUUACACCGUCGGUCGGGUUAGCUUUAAAAGCGGCUCCGCAAAACUUACCCGAACGUAAAUAUGUUUUCCGAGGACUGUUUGAUUUUGAAAAUUCAACAAAGCAAACUUUAUCGUUACGUCUUGAGGGUCGACGUAAGCAUAUUUUAUAAACUUUUCGUUGUUAUUUCGACCGCGCGGGUACUCGAUGCCGUAAUACCAUACGCGAAAUCGAGGGGAACAAAAGCACGUUUCGUCGUGUCUCGUUCUCGUCGAAACACUAAAAAACUACCUAAAUUCUUCUGCCACACUAAAAAAAAAUAUAUAUAUAUAUAAAGCUGUCGUGCGGCGCGUAAUUUGUACGUCGCCUGCAGGCAUUUCAAAAUAGCAAUUUAUUUAUUUAUUGCCCGUGGCAAAUUUUUCCGAAAAAUGAGAAAAAGCCAAUGCCGUGCGUCUAUAUUUUUGAUUUUGACGAAAACGAGAAGAGGCAAUUCUGAAACUAAACAAAACUAAUGUUUGUCCCUUAAUAGAGUUUACAAGAACCGCGGAUAUCAUAUUAAGUUUUUUUUACGAAUAAAACAAUAUUUCGAAUGUAGGUACCGGGGAAAAUAUUUCACAAAAUCAGAAAUAUUAUAAACAUUCUUAUUGCCAUUAAUAGCUUUUUAUAAAGAACAAAACAGAAUAUUAGCUAGUACAAAAGUUGAAGGUUAGUUUACACAUACUAUUUUUUCUGAUAACUAUAUAGUAACUUAGUUGUUUCUAAAACGUAAUUCAUAAUUUUUUGCUCAUUAAAAAAAAUAAUAAUAUGUUAUUUGUAUUUAUAUUUCGAUGUAAGAUGUGUAAGUUUACGUGAACGUAACAAGCCGGGCAUGCCGUCAAUGGGUUACGCGCCCGAGUCUUGUAUAAUACAGCGUUAAAAAAAAAAAUAUUGUGGUACAAAACACGUUUAAAUUGUGUGUGUUUACGGGUUAUUUUUAAAAAAAGCAACUUUUAACUUAAGUUAUUAUUUUCCUGAUAGUUUCCAAAUUAGCUUAAAUAUCCACUCAAAUAUUCGUUUAUAAAUUAAAAUUAAUUUUAACUUUUCUUAGUUAUGUAUUUAUUUUUUUGAAGGUAACUAAAUUUUUAACUAAUCUAAAACAUUGGCUUACUCGUCCAGCUUUGAUUAAUAAUUUAUCGUCAAUUAUAAUUAAACCACCUCUACAAUUGAAUCAGUGUUUGAUUAUACAGGAUGAUCAAUCUAUCAUAAGACGCUCAUUAUCUCGGGAAAUAUGCAUCUCUUUUGGAUAUUUUUUUUUUGAAAAAAUUAUCAACCAAAUAUUUCUAAAAUGUUACAGUAUAAUUUUUUUUUUUUUUGAUCGUCCUUAUUUUUGGGCGUGAAACAAAUAGCUCAAACAUAUUUGAUUUUCAAAAGGCAACCUAUAAAAACAUUCCAUAAAUAAAUGUAAUAUUAGUUAAAAUAAAUUUCAACAAAAAGUGCAUACUUUCCGAGAUAAUGUAUGAUAUACAGUGUCUUAUAAUACAUUGAUCACCAUAUAUAUUCAUAAAUAUAUAUAUUAGGGUGGUCCUUAUUAUUUUUUUUUUAAAUUUGAUCGGGCUACCCAUGGAAUCUGUUUGAACCCAUAAAAAAAUGAAUUUUUUAAAGUUUCGUAGUAAUUAUUCAACUUUAAGACGUGCCUCAAAAGGGUUGAAGUUCAAUGGAAGGUGAUUUUCCGAUUUUUAUAAUGUUAGUCUAAAAUAAUUAAGAUAGGCAAAAAAGUAUAGGAAUAAAAUAUUUUUUAAAUUAAAUAUGCCGUAUAAAAUGUUACUUGUAAACUUUUUUAUUCACCCCCCACCCCAAAAAAAAAAAACUUGUUUUUAGUAUUAAAUAACUAAUAAAUAUAAUAUGCCGUAUGGCGUAAAUAAAUCAUUAUUAAAAUUCAAGCGUAGUUGUUCUGCUCGCAGUUUUCGAACUUUUUCCCGAACUCGGUGAAUCGACGAACGGUUCAUUACCAAAUUAUCAACAUUAUAUCCUAAUGCUUGAGCCGUGGCAAUUAUAAUAUGAGUUGCAUCUCUGUCACUUACCUUGCAUCUAUCUAAAACCGUUACAAGUUUAUCGUUGAUGAAUGCUGUUCUUCCUCGUCUAGUAGUUGAAGAGCCGACAGAAUCUUCACAGCUUUCCACAGUAAUAGAGUUUUUGGUAUUAUCUUGUAUCGUCAAUCACUAACCGCGCACUUUCACGUAAACUUAACUCGACUUCUCGAAUGUUAAAAAAUAGGACCGAUAAAACUUGUUUGUUUGAUGGUGACUUGCAUCCAACCAGUUGAUGAGAACUAGUACCAAUUAAAUCAAUACGUUUACGUAUAUUGAUUUNUUCUCCGACUUGAAUUUUUCUGCAAACUUCGCCAUGUAUUGUACAACUCUUCCUACAUUGGUACACAAUUACGAACUUCCCUAGUAGGUAUUCGGGCUUUUUGCCAAAAUAUUAACGUUUCGUCAAUCACUAACCGCGCACUUUCACGUAAACUUAACUCGACUUCUCGAAUGUUAAAAAAUAGGACCGAUAAAACUUGUUUGUUUGAUGGUGACUUGCAUCCAACCAGUUGAUGAGAACUAGUACCAAUUAAAUCAAUACGUUUACGUAUAUUGAUUUUACUGUCCAUUUUUAAAAUCAAAAAGUCUGUCCGUCGAUGGUGUGUGGACAAUUAUAAACCGAGCUGCGACGACAAUAUUCGAAUUAAUAUAAACAAUAAAUAAUACGUCUAAAACCGAAUGAAUAAUAAACCUGUAAAGACAUGUUUAACAUUUGAAGACAACGUGUUGUCACAAGACUUAGUCAACGUCGCAAAAACGUGAGUAGGUAUCGUGUCUACGCUAGUUUAGGCAGAUACGUUGGAACAUGUAUAGUUAAUAUUGCACAGCUUUUCAUUUCUAUGAAGCAUGCGUUUUAACCAUGUUAUAAGUGGACUAUUUAAUAGCUACUAUAAAGUUGUUUAUGCAGUUAUGUUGUAAAUUUUCUUAGUACAAAGUAUAUUAUAUUAUACAAGCUGUUACCGUGUAAAAUAUACUAAAAAUUAGUUUUUGUUAUUUUAUAGGUGAAUGAAUUGUUAAAUGAAAAAUGUACAAAUAACAUUUUUUGUAGGAUAAACAAUUUAAAAAAUAUAUUGUUCUUACGCUUUUUAGUCUGUCUUAAAAAUUUUAGACUAAAAUUACAAAAAUCUAAAAAUCACCCUUAUUUGAACUUCAGCCCUCUUGAGGCACGCCUUUAGGUUUACCGAUUAUUACGAAGCUUUACAAAAUACAUUUUUUUGUGGGUUCGAACAAAUUUCAGUGGUAGCCCAAUCAAAAAUCGUAAAAAAAAUUGUCUUCAUCUAUAGUCUAAGGAACACCCUUAUAUAUAUAUAUAUAUAUAUAUACAAGUGUUGAACACUCAACCCUUUUCAGAUUUCCUAUACACAUUUCUGGCCCUCAUUUCGAAUGUAUAGGUAUAAAGUGUUUACUAAUUUAUGCCGUUAAUAAAUAAUAAACCGGCAGUAUUAACACCGAUGACAAUUUUAAUUUUAUUUUUUAUUUCAGAAAACUGUCGGCCGGACAGAAAGCGAGCAGUUACUUGAACUUGUCGACCACAGAAAUCUGCGGCGACCGUUCUCCGGGCGGAUACCACCAUCAACAUCAUCCGUCGUAUUAUUGGACGCCACCUAGUCUGCCAUCGUCGCCGGCCCGCGAACGGCGGCUGCCAGCCACGCCGGUGGGUCGUGGUGCCGGUGGAGGAAGCGGAGGACUGACUGCGGAGACCCCUAUUCUGGACCCGUUGUCUUCCAGACGGCGUCCUUACGGCAGUGUCGGUAACCACACCGGUAACCAUCAUUAUCAUAGCCACAGCCAGCAGCAGCUGACCGGUUCCAAUCAUUCACUGCUUUCGUCGUCGGACGGGGCGUCCGUCACGUACGACUAUCACACGGCCCAACUGGACAUGUUCCUGGACGAAUACAAGACCCUGCGAAAGGAGCUGACCAAAAUGCAGAGGACUUGCGAUACGCUCCGUCUCUCCAACGCUUCGCUGGCAUCGUCGACAUCCGCCCUAGAUGUCAUUAACAAUCAUCAUCAUCAUCAUCAUCGACAUCAUCAGGUAAACCUGGAACAAACACCUUCGUCACUUCCGCAUCAACAACCGUCGUCGAACAUGGCGUCAUCGUCGUCACCGUCGUCAAUGAGGACACCUAAAUCUAUACUUAAAAACAAAAACCAGGCCACGUACGUUUACCGGGCUGGCACCGAUCACCGGCGCAACAGCUAUCAUCUGCUGGAUCCACCGCCCGACGACGUUUAUCUCAGUUAA